AUGCGGUCGGGCAAUCACAGUCUCAUCACAACUUUCGGCUGUAACUCCAACAUGCAGAACUCGUCAAUGCCACCCAGUAACCCCAAGAUCGCCUGCCCAAUGCGGGUCUUGCGAACUUUGGGGGAGGUCCAAGUUGGGGAUGAGCUUUCCUUUCUGAGCUUGAUCAAUACAGAACCUGUCACCAAAGCCGAGAUCGUUUUAGACUAUGGUCGAUGCGAAGGUGGCUUCCCAAUUUUCGCCAUCACUUCCGCAUCAGCGCCCCAGGGUCAGCGCCAAGUCUCAUUUCAAGUCACUUACAGCGAGACUAUCGCUGGUAUUGAACACGAAAACGGCGAUGGCCCGUUUUUCCUAUUCUCCAAUGCGAUGGAUAGCUACAGGGUCUGCCUGCAUCAUGCCAACACUGGUACUGAUGCUCAAAUUGCCAAAUCUCGCUUUACUCAAGCAUCUCAAAGGUAUCAAAAGAUCACCUUAAUGGAACCAGACACAGCCCUAGUGUUCUCCCAGAUCGGCUUUCAGGCAGUACGCCCGGAAGCUACGAUCAAGGCCAGGUUUCAUUGCUCCGACGAGACGAUUAACCGCAUCUGGAGAGAUGGUGUGCGUACGGUUGAUAUGUGCACCGUCGAUCACGAAGAGACUGUUCCAGCCUGGGAUGUUCUUGAUCAGGGAACGCGUGUCUUUGGUGGCCACUGGGCGCCUUGCAGGCAAGGAACGAGGUGGUCCAAUAAGAAGGUGGCGUUCCAAACAAGAAUCGAGAAGUCUGGCGCCAGUUGGGCAGUUCGAAUGAUAACAAAUGGCCUUAUCUUCUGUUUAGACGUACGAAGCAGGAAACUGACGGCCGUUGAGGGAUUGUCAAACCAAUCCUCCAUUCUGCCUUCAUUCGAGCGAGGAUCAUGGCAAUUGCCGGAAAGCCUAGACCUGUCUGGAUGGUUGACCGUUGAGACGCUUGCCGUUGAAGACCGUUUAACCGUCAAGAUUCAAGGUCAAGAAGUGGCCAACGUUGCAGAGAUUCAGGUCAAGGCGAUGCUAGGCGACAAUCUCGUCAAUACCGGUUCAGUUGCGUUUGGCGGUCCACCUGGCUGGGUUGCACUGUACCGCGACCUAUCAGUGAGAGACCUUGACGGCCAAAUUCUGUAUGAGAAUUCUUUCUUGCAAAGAGACGCCGAUCGUACAUUUGCCGACUUUCAAGUGGGAACAAACAAGCUCCCAUGCACCAUAGACGGCGCAAAGCGAGACAGGGCUUGCUUUGGUGGCGAUGUCUUUGUUACUGGUCGCUCCAUUGCAUACUCCACCGCUGAUCUUGAUGCUUGGAAAGGCACGAUUCAAUUGCUACUCAGUCACCAGAAUAAGGAUGGCUAUCUGGGUAACCUCUGCCCGAUACAGGCCCCAGAGCAUACCGGUCAGGACGAGCCACCAUACUACGGACAUUACUCCUUGAUGUAUGCCCUGCUACUGGUCGUGUCAAUCAAGGAUUACUGGCUGAGCUCGGGUGAUCAAGCUCUUGUCGAAAGAUUAUUUCACCAACUUGAACGUCAGAUGAACUUCAUGAGGAGAUUCCUGAACCACGAUGGGCUAGUUGAAGCUCCGCCAUAUCUUUCAAUGACAUGGUUUCCUAUGGGCGGGCCUGUCUUCGGCGUUUCCGCAGGCUUGAACCUUGCCUACUUUGACGCACUCAACGCCAUGACAUUCAUGUCGAAAGAUAAGGAAACAGAAGCCCAGUACCUGACUCAAGCCAAACGCUUGAAAGAGGCGUUGAUUAAUGUUCUUUGGAAUGGAGAACGAGGCACAAUGCGUCCAAGCCUCUCUUUGCCCGCCGACGGAGUGUUCCAAGACGUGAAUGCCUACGCAGUCACUCUGGGCAUUUCUCCAGAGCAUCCCCAUACAGUGGAAGGCAUAUUUCCACCUAGUGAGUGUCUACCAUCAGCAUUCCGAGGCCUCGAUAGGUGGGACAAGUUCGGGUUGACCAGUCCAUAUGCGUCUGGAUUUGCUCUUGAAGCCCUCUUUACUAAAAACGAGGGCAUGCAGGCGAAGGAUCUGCUGCUCAGCGUUUGGGGUGCAAUGGCGGAUCAAGACAGCCCUAAUUACUCUGGGGCUCACUGGGAAGCUAUGAAAACAAAUGGUACACCUUUCAAUCACGAUGUGUCACUGGCUCACGGAUGGUCUACGUGGCCAGUCUUUCUAUUACCCAGGUAUCUUGCGGGAGUUUAUCCCCUUGAAGCAGGCUGGAAGAAGAUUGGCGUAGAGCCUGUUUUUGCAGGCCUGGACACGGUGGAAUACUCACUUGACACUCCUCAAGGGCAUCUCAAAGUUGGACUGUACGUAGAGGAACAGAAGAGCACUGGCACGAUCAAGCUGCUGGCACCUAAGGGUAGUACGGUCGUGGUCAAGGCACCAAAGGGUUGGUCACUUGCUACGGGUGGUUUCAUUGAAGGAGACGGAACAGAAGUAUAUCUUGAGCUGUCGAAGGAGAGUAAGUAA